GCCAUCUGAAUGUUCUAUGCAUUCUUGUUUCGACUAUUCGAAAUGCAAAUCAGGAUUCAAAGUAAUCCCAAAAUACCCCAGAAAUAAGCUAAGUUCCGGCCAUUCCAUUUGCUUUAGUCGGUACUUCGUGUCUGACCCUAGAGAAGCCUGCCUCUUCGUCGUCAGUGUGGAUACUAUAGACAGAGACAAGAUCAGCGAAAAUUACGUUCGCGACGUCGAUCGCUACAUCUCCAAUCUUCCCGUUGAUGUUUGGAAUGAUGGGAUAAAUCAUAUCAUAUUUAAUCUGUACCACGGCACUUUUCCGGACUAUUCCGAUCAUAAUCUUGGUUUUGCUACGAAGAAAGCAAUGAUUGCUCGAGCAUCGCCUAGCUCACAGAACGUUAGCCCACUCUGCCCAGAAAUUGGAAAUAUGACCUGUCAGAACUUCCGCUUCGAUUUCGACAUAUCAUUUCCGUUGUUCCACAAAGAGCAUCCGCUUCGUAAUCCCGUAGAGCAUGAAAUCUCAUUCAAAACCAGGGACCAAUACAUAGUGUCCUUCAAGGGAAAACGAUACGUUUACGGCAUCGGCUCGGAGACUCGAGAUUCCUUGCACCAUUUGCAUAAUGGAGAAACGGUAGCGAUGGUUACGACUUGUAAACACAACAAUGACUGGCAGGCCCAUCAAGACGCUCGUUGUGAAAGCGAUAAUGAAGCCUACGACAAACCUUGCAAUGGUUCUAGGUGGGACUACGAGUCGAUGAUGGCAAACUCGACAUUUUGUCUUACACCCAGAGGUAGACGAUUAGGAUCGUUCAGACGUGUCUUAAGAUUUCUGGAAUCUUUGCGGUUGGGCUGCGUACCUGUGGUACUAUCUGAUGACUGGGUGCUCCCAUUCGAUGAAAUCAUCGACUGGUCGGCUGCUGCUGUUGUAGUACCUGAAGACAACGUUCUACUGGUGCCCGAUAUUCUGUAUACCUUCACUGUUGAGAAAAUCUACCAAAUGAAACAGCGAGGCUUUUUUAUUUACUACAGAUAUUUUAGCAGUGUUGAAAAGAUUGCUGUAACUGCAUUAGAGAUUAUUUGGGAACGAAUACAAAUAGCAGAGGCCCAAGAGCGGACUCGCUGGAAUCAAAUGCAUCCUAUCGAUGUGUCAGUUUCUAACCAGGGAGUAAACGUUGCUAUUAGGGCGUCGGAGAGGCCCUCAUCCAGAUUACAAAAGGUUGUUUUGAAUGUGGCGAAACUGGAAGGUCUCCGUAAGAUUGUCAUUUUGUGGCCUCAUUUACGUGGUGUGCCUCCUGUGGGUGCAGACUUUGGGACAAAGUUGGCUUUGGAGUUUGUGUCUGUUACUAAUAGGACUAUCGAUAUAGCCGCUUUGCAAAAAGCCUGUGCCAACGGAUUUCUCAUUUUCAUUGAUGAACGGUUAAGUCCAUCUUCAUCUGAAAUGAAUGCUGUCUUGGAUUAUGCAAAACGAAAUCCCACUAGGCUAGUUGGUGUUCAUGGCAUUGAGUUUGAUUGGCAAAAAGAGCAUAUAUCAGUUGGUCGAAUUUAUAAUGCUGUGUUCUUUUCUAUGGUUGUUUUCCACAGUUGGUAUCUUAAUGAACUAAUCUCACCAAUCCCCACUGCCCUUUGGAGCGAUUGUUUGUCAGCCGUACUGAAUGUUGUGAUCACUGAACGGUCCAUGCUCCCCCCUAUGGUUGUCGGCGAACGGACACAAGAGACAUGGUUGAAACCUGAUGCCGAUUUGAGCUGUUAUCGAAAGGUAUAUCCAUCUAAGAUAAUCAAUUCAUUACCAUGUAUUCCUGGCUCCUGAUU